AUGCGGCACACUCUUCAGAAACGCCACUGGCAACCAACCGUCGAUAGCUUCUUUUCAGCCCGCCUCCUUGCAGGCGCCCGAGCUGACAAAUACGUCAUUCGAUUUAUUUUUUUCUUUCUUUUUCUAAAUGUAACUUUUCUUAUUUCUUUGUCUUUAAAUUCUAUUCAUUUGGCUGCGUCAUCUAUUUCCUUCCUUCCUUCCUUCCUCUCUUCCUUCCUUCCUUCCUUCCUCUCUUCCUUCCUUCCUUCCUUCCUUCCUUCCUUCCUUCCUUCCUUCCUUCCUUUUCCUUCCUUCCUUCCUUCCUUCCUUCCUUUCUUUCUUUCUACUAUUUUAUUUUUCUUUCUUUCUUUCUUUUUUUCCCUGAAUCCAUUAUCUAUGAGAAAUUGUCCAAAAACAUUAAACACUACUAUCUUCCCUUCUUUCUUUCUUUCUUUCUUUCUUUCUUUCUUUCUUUCUUUCUUUCUUUCUUUCUUUCUACUUUUCCCGCAAUACACAAUUAAAUGCCAACACAAACUAAUUCUAUCUAUCUAUCUAUCUAUCUAUCUAUCUAUCUAUCUAUCUAUCUAUCUAUCUAUCUCAUUCUGCUCAUAUCUAUCUAUCUAUCUAUCUAUCUAUCUAUCUAUCUAUGUAUGUAUCUAUCUCAUUCCGCUCAUAUCUAUCUAUCUAUCUAUCUAUCUAUCUAUCUAUCUAUCUAUCUCAUUCUGCUCAUAUCUAUGUAUCUAUCUAUCUCAUUCUGCUGAUAUCUAUCUAUCUAUCUAUCUAUCUAUCUAUCUAUCUAUCUAUCUAUCUAUCUAUCUCAUUCUGCUGAUAUCUAUGUAUCUAUCUAUCUCAUUCUGCUGA